GCCCGGCUACCGAGGCCGGUACGAGCCCGAGUCGGCGGCGCCGCCGCCGCAGCUGGCCACUCGGCGCCGCUUCGAGCCGGCCGCCGGCGAGCGGCACGGCGCGCCCCGCGAGCCCUCCCUGCUGCAGCGCUACCGCGAGGAGGACCGGCAGCGGCGCGAGGCGCAGCGGCGCGAGGAGCAGCGGCUCGAGCGCGAGAUGGCCGAGCGUGCCAUGGAGGAGCGCGAGCGGCCGGCGCGCAGCGCGGAGCAGCGGCUCAGCCGGGGCCUGGAGGAGAGGGAGAGGUCGGCGCACAGAAUGGAGGAGAGGGCGCGCUCGGGUCGCGAGGAGCGCGACCACUCGGGGCGCGGGCGCGAGGAACGCGAUCGCUCCAGUCGCGGCCGCGAGGAGCGCGAUCGCUCCAGUCGUGGCCACGAGGAACGCGAUCGCUCCAGUCGCGGCCUGGAUGAGCGUGAUCGCUCCAGUCGCAGCCAUGAGGAACGCCCCAGCCGCGGCCAGGAGGAAAAGCACUCUCGGGAAAAACAUCAGGCGCUGCGCGACGCCAAGGAUGGCAAGAAGAAACACGAGAAGAAGGAGAAGCCAAAAAAGAAACACAAGAAGGAGAAGGACGAGGUAGAGGACAAGAAGAAGAAAAAGGAGAAGACGAAAAAGAAACGUGGCAAGGAUUCGCAGGAGGCGUCGGAGACGCCGUCCGAGCACAAGUCGCCGGCGCCGGAGGAGAAGGAGACGGCGUCGCAGCGGGACGCCGCCGGCUCGCAAGAGCGGGAGACGGCGCCCGCCGCUGCUGCCGCGUCCACUGCGCCGUCGAAGUCGGCCUCGCCACCGGCCCAGCGGACGGCCUCGCCGCCGGCCCGGCGCACCGUCGUCAACAAGGAGACGCUGAAGCGCGCCGAGCAGGCGGUGCGCGGCAACCGACGCCGCGUCUACAUCGAGCCGCCGAGCCCCGAGCGGCCGCCCGAGCCCAGCCUGCAGAUCACCCGCGAGCGCAGGGAGCGCGACGAGCGCGAGCGCCGCGAGCGGGACGAGCGCGAGAUGCGGCUGCGGCGCGAGCUGGAGCGCGAGCGCGAGAAGGCGGCGCUGGAGCGGCGUCGGCGCAAGGAGAAGUCGCGCGAGAGAAAGCGGCGUGACAGCCAGACGGAGGGCCACCGGCGGAAGCACAAGAAGCGCCGCUCCGUCUCCGAGAGCUCCAGUUCCGAAGAGGAGGAAGAGGUCAAGCCGCGAUCAAAAAAGAAAGCCAAGUCGCCGGCGGCCGCGACGGAUGGGACGACGCCGGCUGCUGGCGAGCAGGCGGAGUCGGGCAGACCGGCCCUUGAGCGGCCGAAGUCUUUCAUCGACGAGCAGCACUUUGAGCCAGACUACGAUGCGCCCGAAGAAGAAGGCGAUGAGGCGGCGAAGAAGGACGCCCCGUCGGAUGCUAAGCCGGCCGCCGAGAAGGCCAAGAAGCGGGCCAAGAAGCCGGCUGAGAGCUCGGACGACUCGGACUCGGAGUCCAGCGAGGACUCCGACUCGAGCGAUCAGGCGAGGCGCAAGAAGCGCAAGAAAAAGCGCCGUCGCGACUCGUCGGACAGCUCGGACAGCGAGCUUGAGAAGCGCAAGAAGAAGCGCAGCCAUAAGAAGCGCGACGAGAAGAAGCGCAAGGACAAAAAGAAGAAGCGCUCGCGCAAGUGAGCGGCGCCGGCCGGGCGAGCUGCGCUCUAGCUGUGAUAGCGAACUGCCGGCGCCGGCAGAUCGCGUCUGUGUUGGUACCGUCAUCGUCCGUGGCCGCCGUGUCGGGUCAGCCGCGCGCUCUGAGCGGGGUAACGAUGGUUCCUGCGAUGGUAAGGGCGGGAUACUGGGUGCCGCGCAGCGGCUCUGACCGAGCCAGCCGGCGGCGUCGUGUAGCGAGCCCGUCUCACGUACAGAAGUGGGCGGAAAUGUGCUCAUUGUUCGUGUGCGUGAGUGUUAAUGUGUGUGUGUGUGUGUAUAUACAUGCAUAUUGCAUUGGUGGGUGUCUGUGUCGCCAGCCACACCUGUUAAUAAAUAAUCAAAAGAUCA